AUGUCUUCAGAAGGAGAUUGUGAGGGCAUGGAAGGAGGAGACACCAAAACGUUGAAGGAGACAACAGAAAACAACUUCAAAGACCGAAAACCUUCAUGGCCAAAGCUUCGCCGUAUGGACUCUCUCGAUUUGGAAGCUGGAAGAGUUUCCAUGAAUGCUAACCACUCCUCCACGUUGGGUUGGAUGACUACUCUGAGUUUAGCAUUUCAAAGCAUAGGCAUAGUAUAUGGUGAUCUUGGCACAUCUCCACUUUAUGUGUUCCAAAGCACUUUCAACAAUGGUGUUCGUCACAAAGAUGACAUUCUCGGAGUCUUGUCAAUUAUAAUCUACACCAUUAUACUCCUCCCCAUGCUUAAAUAUGUCUUCAUCGUACUUCGGUUUAACGACAACGGCAAUGGUGGAGCGUUUGCGCUCUAUUCAUUGAUAUGUAGGAAUGCGAAGUUGAGUUUGAUUCCAAAUGAACAACCAGAGGACAAGGAGCUCUCUAAUUACAGUCUCCAAACACCAUCUAAUAAGCUCAAAAGAACACAAAAGCUAAAGCAGAGGCUUGAGAAGAGUCAUAUUGCAAGGGUUCUGCUUUUACUUGUAACCAUUAUGGGAACUUCCAUGGUUAUUGGAGAUGGCAUCCUUACUCCAUCAGUUUCAGUUCUUUCUGCGGUGAGCGGGAUCAGUAAGUCGUUAGGUCAAGAUGCUGUUGUGGGGAUCACUGUAGUGAUAUUAAUAUUCCUUUUUUCUGUGCAACGAUAUGGUACUGACAAAGUAGGCUCUUCAUUCGCUCCAAUUCUCUUAAUGUGGUUUUUAUUGAACGGAGGAAUUGGUCUCUACAAUUUAUUCACACAUGACAUUGGAGUAUUACGUGCUUUUAAUCCAAAAUAUAUAGUUGAAUACUUCAAACGGAAUGGUAAACAAGGAUGGAUAUCACUAGGUGGAGCCUUUUUGUGCACCACAGGUUCUGAGGCCAUGUUUGCUGACUUGGGUCACUUCAAUGUGCGAGCCAUUCAAAUUAGCUUCUCUUCCAUAACAUUUCCUGCAAUAUUGGCUGCAUACUGCGGACAAGCAGCAUAUCUAGGAAAGUUCCCUGGCCAAGUGUCUAAUUCUUUCUAUGCAUGUAUCCCUGACAAGUUAUAUUGGCCAACAUUUGUUGUGGCCGUUGCUGCUGCCAUCAUAGCAAGCCAGGCAAUGAUUUCAGGAGCAUUUUCCAUCAUAUCACAGGCUCAAAGUAUGGGUUGUUUCCCAAGGGUUAAGAUUGUGCAUACUUCUACUAAGCACAUGGGUCAGGUGUAUAUUCCUGAGGUCAACUACAUGUUCAUGGUUGCAUGUAUUGUGGUCAGUGCUGCCUUCAAGACCACAGAAAAAAUUAGUCAUGCAUAUGGCAUUGCGGUAGUUUGUGAUAUGUUGAUCACAACAUGCCUGGUUUCCUUCAUAAUGUUGGUUAUACGGAAGAAAAGCAUAUGGCUGGUUGCUCUAUUCUUUUUGCCAUUCAGUUGCAUUGAAUUGGUUUAUUUUUCUGCACAACUAACCAAAUUCGUCGAAGGUGGUUUUCUUCCUAUUGUAUUUGCUCUCUUCUUGACCAUGGUCAUGGGAAUCUGGCAUUAUGUACACAAGGAAAGGUACAUGUUUGAACUCAAGAACAAGGUUUCCACUGAUUAUUUGAGAAAACUGACCAACAACCCAAGUAUUAAUCGUGUUCCUGGAAUUGGACUUCUCUAUUCUGAGCUCGUACAAGGCAUCCCUCCUAUAUUCCCACACUUCAUUGCCAGCAUACCAUCCAUCCAUUCAGUUGUUGUGUUUGUUUCCAUUAAGGCAAUUCCUAUUAGUAGAGUUAUAUUGGAAGAGAGGUUCUUGUUUCGGCAAGUGGAGCCGAGAGAAUACAGAAUGUUUCGUUGUGUUGUGAGGUAUGGUUACAAAGAUGCUGUUAUGGAUCCUCUUGAGUUUGAGUCCCAGUUAGUGCAUCACCUUAAGGAAUAUAUUCGACAAGAGAGCUUUAUGCAUGAGAUUGAGGGAACAACAACAACAACUGAACAAGUACCUAUUCCUAACAACAAUGAGUGUGAGAUGGUACCACAAGGUUCCACUAUUAUCCCAGACCAAGGUGCACUAGAUGUGUCUCGUGCCUCUUCAGAUUCCAUUCAAUCAUUGGUUGUGGCCAAGUCAUCCAUUGUCACUACCCCACCCAUUGAGGGAGUUGAAAAUGAGAUAGAAUUUAUAGAGAAGGCAAUGGAGAAGGGUGUGGUGUAUCUGCUAGGGGAAGCAGAGGUUGUGGCAGACCCAAAAUCAUCCAUCUUCAAUAAGAUUGUUGUCAACUAUGCAUAUAGCUUCCUUAGAAAGAAUUUUCGGCAAGGGUAUAAAUCAAUGGAAAUCCCUCACAAGAGACUUCUCAAGGUUGGAAUGACAUACGAAAUAUGA